CCGAGUUGGUUGAUAUAUUUGCGUGACUUUUCAAAACCACCAGGAAACGGCCAGCGAAUGUGUACAUAUGGAUCCAAAUAUGUCAGUCACGGCAGUGACAAUGGAGAGAUGAAACGUGUGAACAUUCGCUCUUUGUACCUCCCUCCGCCCUGAUGCUCCCUCUUGUCGACGACGCCCUCACGUGCACUGAAACGCUGACUGAAGAGCAUCUCAGUGACCGUCAAAGCACCGUCUACGAGGAAGGAUCAGACGUAGAGGAUCAACGAUCACGGGAUCAACGUCAACGCACACAUCAUCAACACAACGACCACACGGAAAAAGUUCACUCUCAUAUUAGCCAGCCACUGCCAACAGACACGACAAGGUGGACAUGCCGGCAGACGAGUCGACUGAAGGCCCUCCCGUACUGUACAAAACCUCCCGCCUCCCAUGUGCACUAUCAAAACUCAGUCAUGCAGUCCCCCGUUGCCCAUGGAGCGUCACUUGCUCCUGACGGUGCAGCGACCGGCAAGCACCGACCCAACCAUGCCUCCUGCAGCCAAUGCGCCACCUGCCUCAGCGCCAAGCACAACCGAACCUGCGCAAAAGGCCACACAGACACACAUUCACUCAGACAAACACACUCGCCACAAUGCAGAGGCCCCUUCUCCCUUGCUCCUCACCUCCAGCAGAGAACGGCGCCAUGGCGAUUCCCAGCCCAACAGCCGUGAUGCCCAGGAAGCCGACCAUUGCUGCUUGCAGCCUUUCCACAGUGGUGCACUGGCGGAAACUGUGCGGGCAGGACGGGUCGUCUGCUCUGCAUUCGUCGUGCAUGUCGCGCUUCAGCACCAGCUCACUGCACCAAGAGGGAAGGGGGCCAAACAGGAGAGGAAGCAGGCCGAGCGCCACGAGAACGGAAACCCGCAUGCUCGCCCGCGGAAACUGCUGCGUCGGCCGGCGUUCUCCUUGGCGUCCUCCUCACGGCGUCGAGCUACCUUGACGGCGAGCGGGCUUCACGUUCACCUCAGCUGGCAGCGACUUGGAGGAGAGCCGCCGAGAGGUUUCAAUGCGCCUCGAGGGG